CGUCGCCGCGUAUUUAGAUAAGCGCCUUACCCGUCUGGGACCCCGGGUACGGUUUAAUGCCGCUGUUUUUUUCUAAUUGCUUCUAUAUUCUUUUCUCUAUCGUACACGUACACGGUUUAAUCAGCUAUCAUGGGAAUAUGGAUGGUGUUGAUUUGUUUAGCGGGGAUUGGAUUAAUCCACGGGCAGGAGUUACUGCCGCACCAGAUGGUGCUGCUGGGCCGGCCGGAUGCCGGGUUGCUGGUGCUGCGCUGGCGGGCCAACGCGACGGAUGUGGCCAUUGAGCUGGAGGGGAUGACGCGCGGCUGGCUGGCCAUUGGCCGCUCACCCGACGGCCGUAUGGACAAAUCGGAUAUCCUCUUUGCCUGGGUGGACGCCAGCGGCACGGUUUACGCGCAGGAUCGCUUUAUCGUGGCCGACCAGAACACGAUGACGGUUAACCUAACGUUGGACAAACAGCAGAACUGGGCGUUACUCGCCGGGAAACAGAACGGAACACACACUGUUAUCCGCGCCAUGCGCAAACUGGUAUCCCCUGAUCCCAGCGACUAUCCUUUCACCGACAACUUCCAUCUGGUGUAUUCCAUCGGCGAUACGCCACCGGAUCGGCGUACCGGCGAGAUUAAGAUGCACUCAUCACGCGGCACACGGAUGUUCGCGGGAUUCACGCAGAUGACGCCUGGACCGAUCAACACCGCUGCCCUAUCCUCCUUCGCCACACCCUCCUCGCACAACGAACCCCAAGCCGACUCCCACGCGCAUCCCCUCCCGGCCAUCUCCGUCAACCACGACAGUGCUAAAGCCCUGCAGAACCCUCGCAACCCCGCCCCGCACCCCGAAAUGGAUACCACGCCCUCGGCGGACGCCCCCUACGACGCCGAGGCCACCACGGACAGCCUGGACACAUCCCACCCCGACAUUACCGACGAACCCAUCACCGACGAGCCCUUCCUUCCCCAAACCCUCCCCUCCACCCCCCGCCGCAAUGUCUUCAACGCGCUGCGUCCUAACCCCGUCCCGCCCAUCAACAACAACCACCCGCCGAUGAUGGGCAAUCACGGCACGACGUCCCGGAAUCAGGGGAACCCCGACGGGACGUCCGGUCAUACGCUGGCGGCCUCCAGCCACGGGAGCGCGAUGACCCCGGGACCUUCUGGCUCCCCGACAGACGGCAGCAGCGAGCCGGCCAAUAACCUCCUGUCGGUGAUGACCCAGGGGAAUAACAUCUCCGGGAAUCUCUUCGGGUUCCCGUUAUCCUGGAGUCCGGACGGUGUGGCCCUGCCCAAGAGCCAAAAGUUGUCGGACACGGUGACGUCAGUGAUGAAUGCGUUGGAGCAGAUAUGGAGUCUCAUUGGCCAGUUAACCGGGAACACGCCCACGACACCCACACCCGCGCCCUGAUUUUGGAGCACAAUACAAUGUUCUUCUGGUUUCUUUCUUAAAACAAUCUCUGUUAAUUUAUACCGAAGAAAAUGUACAGUCACGGUACAAUAAAAAUU